CAUCCGCUCGACUCUUACAAUGGCUCCUGUUGCUACAGAAAAGAAGGUCGUAACCGAGGAUGGUCGUCAGCAGGGCAGGAUGGAGGCCUACACCAAGUUCUGGCAGAGCGACGUGAGCAAGGAGAAGGACGUGGAUACCGGCAAUCGUCUGAACAGCUACACCGAGGUCGUCAAUGGCUACUAUGAUGCCGCGACGCUCCUCUACGAGUAUGCGUGGGCGGGCUCAUUCCACUUCUCACGCUUCUACAAGGGCGAGUCUUUCGCAGCCUCGCUUGCCCGCCACGAACACUACCUUGCGGCGCAGAUGCAACUCAAGCCUGGCAUGCGCGUGCUCGACGUUGGCUGCGGUGUUGGCGGACCGGCACGUGAGAUUGCGCGGUUCGCGGACGUGAACAUUGUCGGCCUCAACAACAACGACUACCAGAUCUCGCGUGCGCGCAAGCACACCAAGUACGCGAAUCUUGAGGACCAGAUCACCUUCGUUAAGGGCGAUUUUAUGAAGCUCUCCGAGCAAUUCGGCGAAAACUCAUUUGAUGCUGUUUACGCUAUCGAGGCAACCGUCCACGCACCGACGUGGGAGGGUGUCUACUCGGAGAUCAAGAAGGUCCUCAAGCCUGGAGGGAUUUUCGGUGUCUACGAGUGGUGCAUGACCGACAAGUGGGACCCGUCGAUCCCCGAGCACAAGCACCUCGCGCAUCAGCUUGAGAUCGGCAACGGCAUCCCUGAGAUGCGGCCCAUCGGUAAAGCCCGCCAGGCGUUGAAGACGGUCGGCUUCGAGAUCCUGCACGAGGAAGACCUCGCCGAACGGCCGGACGAGGUUUCAUGGUACUACCCCCUCGAGGGUGACGUGUUCAAGGCGCAGACCCUCUGGGACGUCUUCACCUGCUGGCGGACAAGCUCGAGCGGCAAGUUUGUCUCGCAUCACGGCCUCAGGCUCCUUGAGUUCUGCGGUGUCGUGCCCAAGGGUACAUGGGACGUCUGUGAGACCCUCAAAAUCGCUGGCGACGCGCUGGUUACGACUGGCCAGCAGAAGAUCUUUACACCCAUGUACCUGGUCGUUAGUAAAAAGCCAUUAGAUGCUUGAGCUACUGCACUGCAUCUCUGGACUGUCUACUCUGAUUUCGGGAUUAUACUCUAGAAUAUAGAUACCCUUAUAAUAUACAUUGAUUUAGACAAUUUACAAUGCAUCUAUC